UCGAAAUUGACGGUUCUUGUUCUACGAUGCCAAUCGCGUAUCGUACUCAAGGAAAAUCACUGUAAAAUAAAAAUACAUAAAACAAUAACACAUCCUAUUAUAAAUGUGUGCCAAACUGACUUUGAACUAAUUCACCUGUGUGAUAAACUAUUUAUAAAGCCAAAAUGUCGUACCGGGAUCCCGGGCCUUUGCCGAAUAGGUGGUUGAAGUGCCCUCGAAAAGCAUCAGGGCUUGUUGCUGGCAAGUUUCUAGCCUUCAAGACUCCUUUAGGACAACAGUUCAAUGACAAAGUCCCAGAGGAGAACCGCUUCACUCCUAACAUGCUGUUUGUGUACAUGAAAAGUUUAAAAGUAAAACUUGGGAUGUGGGUUGACCUGACUAACACCACAAGGUUCUAUGACAAGACAGAGAUAGAGAAUAUGGACUGUAAAUAUGUAAAGAUGUCCUGCCGGGGACACGGAGAGACACCUUCAUUAGAUCAAACUAGACUGUUUAUCCAACUCGUAAGCAAGUUUCUGAGCCAGAAUCCACUGGAAGUCAUUGGGGUCCACUGCACACACGGUUUUAACAGAACCGGCUUUCUGCUUGUGUCCUAUAUGGUGGAACAGUUGGACUGCAGUGUUGAGGCAGCUAUUAUAGAGUUUGCUAAGAUGAGGCCUCCAGGCAUUUACAAGCAAGACUACCUACAAGAGUUAUACAGACGCUACGACGACGUGGAAUACACACCAGCUGCUCCACUGAGGCCCGAUUGGUGCGAUGAGGAGGAAGGAGGAGACUAUGACGACAGUACGCCGAGUAAUUCCCAGUCAACCUCUUCGCAAAAUGCAUCACCUAAACCCAAGAAAGGUCGCAAAGAGACCACCAUGAAGAAAACCACAUUCAUGCCAGGGGUCCGGGGAGUGGAACCGUUCAACACCCAGCCCCGCUUGCUGGAGAUCCAGCAGAAAGCCCAGGAGUUCUGCGAGUGGGGCAAGACCGGGUUCCCGGGGUCACAGCCGGUCUCUAUGGACGUGAUGAAUCUGAGGAAGCUGCAUGAGAAGCCGUAUCGGGUGUCGUGGAAGGCUGAUGGUGUCAGAUACAUGAUGUUAAUUGACGGAGAAGGGGAAGUGUACAUGAUAGACAGAGACAACUGCGUGUUCAAAGUGUUUGGACUGCGUUUUGUUCAUAGGAAAGAUCUGAGACAGCAUCUGAGAGAUACUCUACUAGAUGGUGAAAUGGUGAUAGACAAAGUAGACGGUAAAGAAAUACCCCGGUACCUGUGUUACGACAUUAUUCGGUUCGAGAACCAGGACAUAUCCAAAAAGGCUUUCUUCCCAUCCCGGAUGGACUAUAUAGAACAUGAAAUUAUUAAUCCUAGGUUAAAAGCAAUGGAAAAGAAAAUGAUACACCGCGAACGCGAGCCGUUCAGCGUACGUUUAAAGCAAUUCUACGAAGUUCGGAUGGCGCAUCAAUUGUUGGGGGAGAAGUUUGCCAAGACUCUGUCUCACGAGCCUGACGGACUCAUAUUCCAACCUUCGAAGGAGCCCUAUGUGCCCGGCCCGUGCGAGGACGUGCUAAAAUGGAAGCCGAGCAACAUGAACAGUGUCGACUUCAAGCUGAAGAUAGUCACGGAAGGUGGCCAAGGCAUUCUACCAAAGAAGAUCGGCCAACUACUCGUCGGUCAACUCGAGCCGCCGUUCGCCACAAUGAAAGUCACCAAGGACAUUAAACAUCUCAACAACAAGAUAAUCGAGUGUACUUACGAAAACAACCGAUGGGUGUUCAUGAGGGAGCGGACCGACAAGUCCUACCCUAACAGUUAUAAUACUGCCAAAUCCGUAUGUGAAAGUAUACGAGACCCCGUGACCAAGGAGCGGCUGCUAGACUUCAUAGACAACCAUCGGUUUAUAGACGACUCGGAUCUCAUGCCCAUGCCGAAAAUGGUGCGCCGAUAGUAUCAGGCCAAAACGGAGCUUGUCGCGUCGACAUAGAGUACAUUUUCGCAUAACGGACCGGACGUUUUAGAUAAUUUAAUAUUGAACAGCUAUAAAGUAUGUUGAAAUUUCAGAAAGUGAGCCAACCUAAAGAUACAAGAUGGUAAAA